CGUGAUUCGAGUUGCAUUGCAUUGCUGCGCGGAAGCACGCAGUGCCAAUCCACGCGAAGCUUCUUGCGUUCAUGAAAUGCAUAAAACGCGGCAGAAUUAGUCCUUUAUAUGUCACUACACACUGUAGCGUCCUGGGGAAAAGGUUCGGAUAAGCACGUGUUGUGUUGUGUGAUAAGUAUCCCUCUAGCAUGAAUGUAAAUUGUCACUGUUUAUUCACUAGAGCGUUAACAGUUCACACGACUGAAGCUUGUCAUACUGUUUUAAAAUCGUUCCCGGUUUGAAUAACCACAACAAAAGUGUCUCAACAGUGCUUCUUAUUUAGUGCGUUUAUACGCUUAUUUUUAAGCAUGCAUUUAUUAAACGUCUCUGCUAACACAUUUUAUUCAUCGCACCGUAAAGUCUUAUCGUGUGUGAUUGCAUUGUUUAUGUGUUGUCGAUAACACAUCGUCCCAGCACUGUGUCUUUAGCGAAAUUAGUGACAGUUUGCGCCUGAAAAGUAGCAUGUCACUAUGGUGCACUACACUAUAUUGCUUUCUGUGCGUGUGUGAAUGUUUUAUCACUCAUUGGAUUAGGCCACAAGAAGAGGCUGAAGACGUUGGUUCCUCUCCCGUCGGCUGCUACACAUCGUCAACAAACGUGUCUGCAAGCAUAUCCGACAGACGUCCACUCGACAGCUCGUCACCUCCCCUGGCGCCUUCCACCUCACCGUAGUCCGACUGCAGGCUCGACAGUGAAAUGGCUUCAGUGUCUGAGCACAGUGGACUGUGCCACGUGGGAGAAGGCGCUGCAGUGUGGCGUAUGAGCAUUGACGACUUGCCUGAGGAGAUACUGAUAAAGAUCUUCUCUCACUUGUCUUUCACUGAGCUAGUGGACGUGGUACGGAAAGUGUGCCGUCGUUGGAGAAAGCUGUCGCGAGAUUUGAGGUUGUGGGCUGACAAGGAAUACCAUGUCGGGGUCUCGAGGCACUGCAACUCGGAGAACUGUAAGAGCGGCAGGACCGAGCGGGAGGCGAUGCGUAUCUUCCGCAGUGCCCGAAACCUGCGUAAAGUACACAUGUGGUGCGCUGUCAGCCCCCACGUCAUCGACGUGCUCUGCGACAAAUGCCGGAGACUCGCAGAUCUCCGCCUGCACGCCGCCCAGAAGCUCGGCUAUUCGACGGUGAAGAACUCGGUCGAGCAGUGCUCCGGGAUACACGUGCUGACGGCACCCGACGAGCUGCUGAAGACCGAGAAAUUUUCAGAGGCGGUCUCGCGUCUGCAGCACCUUCGUGUGCUGUGUCUGCAAGAGAGAUACGUGGGGACGACUUGCGUCCUGCGUCCUUGUGUGCUGAGACCUUUGGGUGACGGGUGCCCCCGACUGGUCGAGAUUGACUUCGGAUGUAUGUCUGUCGAUACGGAUGAUCUGAAGUACUUUCUGAAUGCCAAGAAGAACACCCUAAAGUGCUUGCGAAUAAAGUGGUCGGUGGGUGGAACGAGGCACGUCAUACCAUUGCUGCCGGUAUAUGCCGACAGCUUGGAACGUCUGGAACUUUAUGAGUACGACAUAGUCCGCAACUCGGCCAGAGAGGCGUUCACUACCGUCGGAAGCUUGAAGCACUUGCGGGAACUCAGGAUGUCCGUCCCCGAUCGAAUACCGCCCGGAACAGCUGCUCUGGCUUUUACGAAUGGAGGACUGCCACAACUGAAAGUGCUGGAUCUACCACACGGAUACGGUGUGGAAGAUAACACAGUAAUUGCCAUCAGCCACGGAUGUCCCGGUUUGCGACAGCUCUCCGUCACUCACGCUACGAAGCUGUCGCCUGCUGCCUUCUCGGAGAUCGACCGUCUAGAACAUCUUGAAAUACUAGAUGUGACAGGUUGUAGCAGACUCGGCGGAGGCCUAUUCCCCUGCCUCGUCGGGCUACCGCGACUUCACACGUUGCGAAUGGGUACCACGUAUUUUACAGAGUUGCAGCCAGGUGUGAGCAGCAUCCUCAAAUUGUCAGGUUUGCGCUGUCUGACAUUCGAUUAUUCGGAUGUUACUGGAGUGCCUUUUGAUAAGUUUCCGGAGAAUCUCAUCAGUCUCAGGGAGCUGAGUGUCGAAGGGUGCCGAGGUGACCCCAGAGCCACAGACGGGCUGACCGAGCAGAUGCCCAAUCUCGUAAUCCGCGGCACGGUCCACGCUGAGCUACAGCCUUUCUACUUCGAGGCACUCGAGGAUGUAGGGCCCGGCGAAGCAGACGAAGCGGUGGACGACCGUUCGGAGAGUGACGAAGACGGCGACAGUGAUAGUAGCGUCGGCGGCAGUGGCAGUGAGAGAGGUUGA